AUGCCUCUGUUUUACAAGGUGCAGGCAGAGCAGUUUAGCAGUUUAGUUUGCAUUUUGAAAGCCAAGGGAGCUGCUGUGUCUGAAAGUCACCUUGUCUUCAGCAGGCUCUGGAACCAAGUGUGCAAGGUGGUCAUUGUCAAAGAAAUCUUUCCAGCUGAGGGUCCCUACCGACUGGCCCCCAGCAGGUGGAGGAUGUUUCACAUGAACUACAUCUAUACAUGUAAAUACGAGACUGCCCUCUUAGAGAGCCCAUUGUGGAUGGCAGAACUCUGCUCAGGAUUUCAGCUUUUCAGAGCAUUCAGUAUUGGGGGACAGAAUUCAUGUAUGUGCAAUGUGGUGUCAGAGCAACAGAAAACACGACAAAUUAGUCAGAAGCAGAGCACAAGGACGGCUGAAAGACUUGGCAAACUAAAGCUACAGAAUGGAGAGAUAAUAAAAGAAGAAAAGCAGCCUGCAUCAACCCAGUCUACUCCAAGCAGCAACCCCUACUCUUCCCUUAAGCAGAAACCCAGAGGCUGGUUCAUUUCUAGUUCUUCCACAGCUUUACCUGGCUCAAACCCUAGUAUCAUGGAUUCUGGAAGUGGGGAUAAGAACAGAAACUCAUCAGAAAAAUGGCACCUCUUUGGAAACAGAUCCUUCCAGAAGUCUGAUUCGGGAGGCUUUGCCACCCAGGCCUAUAGAGGAGCUCAGAAGCCCUCUUCAGUGGAACUGAUCCAAGUCCAGGUCACCAGCAUGGCUGAGGACCAAGCAGUCUUCAAGCUGCCCAAGAUGGACAUGCCAGUAAUGGAAGGGAAGAAACUGUCAGCAUGGACCCAUAAACUCAAACACCAUGACUUGAAUGAGCUCACACCCACUGGGCUCUAG